UUUCGAAAACAACCAUCACGAAUGCCUUGAUUUUGAAAGCUAUGAUAUAAUUGGCAUCUGCCAGACCAGACAUCCCACUGGAGGAGGACAGCAUAGCACAGGACAGGACAGGACAGGACAGGACACUUCUCUGAUCUCCCAUCCGCACGAAGAAACCCAUUAAGCAGCCAAGAUGUGCAAUAAUUGGUGGUAACACCGCACUCGCCGCACGCAGGACAACAAAUAAUUAUCGAACCCAAGCAGCAACCGGAAGCAGCAGCAGCAGCGUCGUCUAUUAGCAGCGCAUACAAAAUGGCCGACCACACAGACACCACCGCAACCACAGCGACAGCGACAGCGACAGGAAGGAGCAGAGCCGUGCCGGUGCGGCUGCUCCUUCUGCUGGUGCUGCUCCUGCCACUGCCACAGAUACGGGCCUUCUGCCCCUCCAAGUGCCAGUGCCUGGGCGGCGAGGCCAACAGCCGGGCUUUGUGCGUGGAUGCCGCCCUGGAGGAUGUGCCCAUCCAGCUGAAUCCCGAGACCAAGUACAUCAAUCUGACGCUCAACCGGAUACGCAACCUGGAGUUCUCGCUGCCGUUCUACAUGAAGCUGGAGAUACUCGACCUCUCGCAGAAUAUCAUCGAGACGCUGGGCUCGAAGAACUUCGAGUACCAGUCGGAGCUGCGGACGCUCAACCUGAGCAGGAACCUGGUCAGCUCCCUGCACAAGCACGCCUUCAAGGGACUGACCAAUCUGCUGCUGCUGGACCUCGGCUACAACCGCAUCGAGACGGUGCAUCCGACGGCCCUCGGGGACCUGGCCUCGCUGGUGGAGCUCGACCUGACCAACAACAAUAUUGUGAGUCUCGAGGACAACUGCUUCAAGGGCAUGGCCGCGCUGGAGGUGCUCGUGUUUCGCAACAAUCGCCUGCUCGACGUCCCGGCCAGCAAUCUGUGGCAUCUGCACGCCCUCAAGAGCCUGGACAUGUCCGACAACCUGGUGGAGUUUGUGCGCAACGACAGCUUCGAGGGACUGAAGGAUCUGCUGGCCCUCAGCCUCAGGGGGAAUGUGAUGAGCGAGCUGGAUGGCAGCGCCUUCGAGGGGCUCAUCUCGCUGAAGCACUUGGAUCUGGCGGAUAACAAUCUCACGGUGGUGCCCACACAGCAGCUGGCGAAACUUUCGAAUCUCACCUAUUUGAACCUCGGAGGCAAUCGGUUCGCCCACCUGCCGGCCGUGGCGUUCCUCAACUUGUUUCAUUUGCGCGAAUUGCACUUGAGCCGCCUCGACUAUUUGCAGCGCAUCGAUUCGAGGGCGUUCGUGGACAACACCCACCUGCAGACGCUGCAUUUGAACUACAAUCCGCAGCUGGGCGACAUACCGAUGCGCCUGUUCCAGGGCAAUCCCAACAUCCUGGAGGUCUACAUGCAGAGCAACAGCCUGCAGACGCUCUUCUCCGCCCAGUUCCCGGUGGACCAGCUGCAGAAGCUCUAUCUGGGGGACAAUCCGCUGCAGUGCAACUGCUCGCUGCUGUGGCUCUGGCGCCUCGUCACCGGCAACUUCGAGGGCGUCGAUCCACCGCUGGAGCAUGCGGCGGGCGGUGCCGUGGCCGCCCUGGCCAAGGAGGCCGGCGACAGGGAGGCGGAGACGCAGGCGGAGGAGGACGAUGCCACCACGGCGGCUGUGGCGGAGGACGGCGUGGCCGCUUUGGCCGCCUACAUAGCCGAGCAGCACAUCGCCAAUGCGCUGCACACCACCGAGCCGAGUGCCUACGAGCUGGCGACCUCCGCCUCCGCCUCGGCCUCGAGCCGCAGCUCUGGGUACCUGCGGAUGGACCGGCAACAGAUCGGCUGCGACAUCUGGCGGGACACGGUGCGCACCCGGCGGCAGCUGCUCUCCAUGAGCGAGGGCGAGAUCACCUGCCCCGCCCACAUCGUGACGGUGGUGUGCGCCGUCAUCACGUGCCUCCUGGUGGCCAUGAUCGGGGUGAGCGUCCUCUACUACCUGCGCUUCGUGAAGCGCCGCCGGAAGCUGCUGCACGAGCGCGGGCCCCUGCGCACCAGCAAGAGCAUUAUCAAUGUCCACGACCGCAUCCUGCAGGGCCACCAGCCGCUGGGCAUGGGCCUGGGCCUCGGCAUGAGCAUGACCCUCGGCGGCAGCAACGGGGGCAUGGGCAUGGCCCUCAACUAUCCACACCACGCGCAGACCCUGCAGGCGCACCAUCACUACCACCAGGCGAUGCCGCUGCAGGCGCCCCACGGCGCCGGCGGGCACGGCGGGCACGGCGGGCACGGGGGGCACGGGGGGAACGAGUACCAGCAGACGACGCUGCCGCAGCUGGACAAACUGGAGCUGGAACGGUAUCUGGCGGCCCAGACGAUUGCCAACGAGUACCGGGCCCUCAAGCCCUGGGAGCUGCCCGUCAAGGAGGCGGACGACGAGCCGGAGCACCUGUACGAGCGGUUCGAUCACUACGAGUAUCCCGAUACUCAGACCAUGAGCAAGCUCAAGCAGGCGGCGGCUCUCUCCUCAGCCGGGGGCUCUCCCGUGCCACAGGCUGCGGCAGCCGCUGGCAAGCCGCAUGUCGUCUACGUAUGACGUGGGCGUGGCCAGGAUUUGGAUAUCGAAAUGGAAAUGGAAAUGGAUAUGGUGGGCCCCAGUCUCACCAACAACAACUAUCGGAGCUAUGUGCAGAGCCAGUUCUGAAAUGAGGGAUCUCUAGGAUCCCACAACGACGAGGACGAGGACGACGCCAUGGAAACAGGGAAUGUGAGGUUAUGGUUUGUUUAAAAGGGCAACAAAGUUUAACAAGCGUCAAAUGAAACAAGGGAUAUACAUGUCUACGAAUACGACUAAAAGAUACAGAUACAUACUAAUCGAUAGGCUAUAAGGCACACACACACACACACACACACAAUUUAGCUCUUUUUCACUCUCUAUCUCUCGCUGUCUCCCUCUCUCAUAGUUAAUGGCAUUCAGCAUUCGAAUACUCUAGAUAGCAUCUUAGUGGAUAAGCUCUACCUUAAAAGUGAAUUUAAACCAUGAUUAUAUAAUGAUAUAUAGAGAGAUGUAAGCGUACAGUUGUGCUGGGGAAUGCAGCAGCGCCCCUCGGCUGGCAACAGACACAACUGUACCCGCACUCGGAGAGAUGCAUGGGGAGCAUAUUGUGGCACUGAAAACAACCCAAAUGGGGACCAAAUAGUCCAGUCCAGUCCUGUCCUGUCCAUAAGCCAGAUCCAGCCACUCUCCAUGUAUCUUUC